GCCUAAAGUAAUUUAAGCAAGAGGAUAUAAUUAAUUUUAUGUGAAAUGAUAUUAAACACGAUUAGCCCGUCUGUUAAAUUUGGUCUUCAUUUCUGUGGCGUCUGGCCUGGAACACCAUUUCAAUUCCUACAUAAGUUAUGUUGGGUGAUAGCGAUAAUUACGCUUCAGACUUAUCAAUACAAAUAUAUCGUUAUACAUUAUAACACCGAUACUCUUAUGAACAUAGCAGAAAAUUUGAGCAUCGCCGUGCCUUUCAGUCUAGUGUUUAUCAAAUUAUUUGUUACUUGGACGAAUUAUGGCUUGUUUUGCGAUAUUUUAUCAACUAUGGAAGAGGACUGUCAGAAAUAUGCUAAUAUGGAUAUAAAUAAUCUGAUAACAAAAACCGGCUUGUUCUCCUUUUAUGUAACUAGCAUGAUCAUGUCCUCGUAUCUGGUGUCAGCGGUUUGUUAUCUUGCCGGCGCUAUUGCGUUUCAAGGAACCAACGAUUCAAUGUCUCGAGAGCUUCUUUUGAAAAUGGAUUUACCUUUCGAAACGAGUGAAUCCCCGAAUUACGAACUUGUGGUUACUACACAAUUUAUUAUUCAUUUCUCAGCGGCUCUUGCGUUCGGAACGUUUACUGCCCUGCUUUUCAUGAUGGCAAUGCAUGUAGGAUGUCAAAUCGACAUAAUGUGCCAGAAUCUAACAGAUGAUUUUUCUAAAAAUGAAAAUAAGUUAAAAUUUUUCAUUAGUAGAUAUCAAGAAAUCAUUAGUUUUGCAGAGAAAAUUGAGAAACUUUUUACUUAUAUAGCUCUUAGCCAACUUGUAUCAAAUACAGUCAAUACUUGCUGCGAAGGAUUCCUCAUUGUACUUGCUAUAAACGAUGAGAGUGGACUUGUUAUACUGAUCAAAUCUGUUGUAUUUUAUAUAGUUAUUUGCUUAGAAGUUUUCAUAUAUUGUUUCGCUGGGGAAUAUCUUCGCAUUAAGAGCCAAUUAAUCGGCGACACAGCGUACAAUAUGCUUUGGUACGAUUUACGUCCAAACAAGAGUCGACUUCUGAUACCUGUUAUAUUAAGGUCUCAAAGAGGUUUCACAUUGACUUUCGGAAAAUUUUCAAACCUUUCCCUGGAAAGCUUCACAGGCAUUAUGAAGGUUUCAGCGUCAUAUAUGUCGGUACUUCUGGCAUUAUACUGAAAAAUGUAAAUGGUAACUUCGAUGUGGAAUUAUCGUAUCAAGUGUACAAUCUAUUUAACUCUAGCUAUUGUUAUCUGGAUUAUUAUACAAAACAUUACAAAAAGGAAGAGAAUAUCAUUGUUGUAUUAAGAAUAAAAAAUAAAUAGUAUAUAUAG